CAAGGCUGAUCCUCUCCAUGUUUCCAGAACUGUCCAGUUGUUUAAUGUUUUCAGUUUUGAGGGCCAUUACUGCUUGGUUUUUGAGCUGUUGAGACCUCGGCCACUCCAUCAAUACUUUCAGAAAUGUCAGUUUGAUAACAAGGAUGAAAAACUGAAAGUCAUCAGGAAAAUAACUUUUCAAGGACUCUUCUCUUGCCCAUGUUUUGGUGAUGCCACCAUGUUGUUCCAGGUUGGAGACAGAGUGUCAUGCAUCCAUGCUGACUUGAAACCAGAGAACAUUCUUUUUGAAGAAGGUGACGAAACCAAGAUAAAAGUUGUUGACUUUGGAAAUGCAAUUCACUGGGUUCAUAGAGAGGUUUCCUUGUAUUAUGAUGAGUUUGAACUACAAACUUUACUUUACAGAGCUCCUGAGGUAAUGUUUGGUGUUCCUUUUGGCCCUGAGAUUGACAUUUGGUCUCUGGGAUGCAUUGUAGCUGAGUUGUAUAUAGGCAAACCUUUAUUUCUGGGAGGAAAUAGGACUAAAGUGUUGCAAGAGGUAACCAGUAUUCUUGGUCCCAUACCCUGGAGUCCAUUCCAUACUAGAAACUUUUUUGAAGAUUUGUCACAGUUUAUAGGUCACCACAACUCAGAUGCUGGAAGCUGCGCAGACAUUUUGUGGCCUACUGAGUAUAGCUUCAAACCAUACGUUGACGAGGAAGUUAAAAGGCAGCAUUUUUCUGGAACUGAACUCUUAAAGAAGGGAACUACUGUAACUGCUUCUUCACCAACCACUUUCAGAGCAAACCGGAGAAUGCAACAUCUGUGAGGACUGG